ACUUCCCGACUUGGUCUCGCCGAUCAGCCCUCCAUUCGUCCGCUGCGUCUCGCUUGCUACAGUCAUCAAACCUUUGCAAAUAAACGUAAACAACAUCUGUAAAAGUGUUACGGGGACUUCUUAAAGGAUCCAAACGACCCACGGAACAUCUUCAUUUAUCCUGUUUAUAAUUAAACAACAAAAAUAAACAAACGACAAAGAUGGCGAAGGUCGUCGACCUGGACGCCGUCAGCUCCCUACUGGAGCUGCAUGCCCUCGGUAUGAAGAGGACAUACCAGGAGAUGAGGAACAUCCAGCUUCCCACUCCUCAACCCUCGGAUUCGGAGAGCGAAGAGCUCGACUGCCCUGAGGGAAAGAGGAUCAAGACAGAUUUCGAAAAACACGACCUGGCAAUGAAUUUUCUGAACAGUACACCUCCUAGGACUCCGAGCCCUCCUCAGGUCACGUCUGUUCCAGUGUCCGUGAUAAUGAAAGUGAACAAGGACGGAUCCUGCUGCGCGGAUCCUUACGGAGGCUCGCUCAAGAAAGAGGAGCCGAAGCGAAGGUUCGUCUCGUCUCAGAACAUACUCAAAGUGAUAAAGUACAAAAUGAACAACAAGAAGGACGAACUGGAGUCACAGUGCAAAGAGGUUAUCAAGGAGGAGAAGAAAACCAGCAAACCCAAGGAGAUCGCGAUAGCCCCGAAGCCGCAAACGACCGUCGUCCUCACAGGCGGACGGCUCAUACCCAUCCGCCCGUCCGACCUAGUCAUCGUCGCGCCUCCUCCCAUGCCUGCAGAACCUGCAGACCCGAGAAGGAGGAUCUUCCAAUGCGAGCACGAAGGAUGCGGUAAAAACUAUUUCAAGUCCUCCCAUCUCAAGGCCCACACACGAUCUCAUACCGGUGAAAAACCGUUUAUCUGCCCUUGGAAAAACUGCGAACGGCGAUUUUCGAGAUCGGACGAGCUGUCGAGGCACAGGAGAACGCACACGGGCGAAAAGAAAUUCGCCUGCACCUUCUGCGACCAGAGGUUCAUGCGUUCAGACCACCUCGCGAAGCAUGUUAAGACGCACAACAAGACCACUUUCAAAACUCCCUCGGUUCCUCUGAGCGUCGUCUUGACGUCUUUGUAAAUGCCGACUAAAAGUGCCUUCGACGUACCUGAAUCUGUGAUAUCGACUGAAUUACAAUUUUUUUUUGUAAAUACCCAAGCGUGUGAUAUGAACUGAUUUUUCUUCAUGAUAUCCUACCAAAGUUUAGAAUUUACGUUCUUUAUACAAUUGUUUGUGAAUUUUAUUUCGAUAUGUUCAACUUUACAAUUAUAUGUAUAUUUUUU